AUGGCUGGUGAUUCAGUUUUGCUCGCGGCCGUCUCUCUCCUUUCUGCCUUCCAGCAAUGUCAUUUUGCUUGGCUGGUGGGGAAAUCAAGAAUGAAGCACAAGGUCAUGCCCCCCGCUGUCACUGGAGCACCAGAAUUUGACAGAACAUUUCGUGCGCAACAAAACUGUGUGGAGUUUUACCCAAUAUUCCUUACUGCCCUCUGGACUGCAGGAUGCUUUUUUAAUCAAGAAUUAGCAUCCCUCCUGGGUGUGUUGUACGUGUUUACCCGCUACAAGUACUUCCAUGGCUAUGUGCAGUCUGUAAAAGGCAGGUCAACAGGUUUUUAUUUGAAUUUGAUGAUUCUGAUUUGCCUGAUAACCCUGGGUGCAGCUGGAAUUGUCAGCAGCUUUCUGGAUGAGUACCUGGACUUCAGCAUUAUGAAGAAAUUACGUAAAUUGUUCUGA